AUCUCACCCACUCCCUCCCCGAGCUUGACGCUUCUCCUCUCUCCAGACGUCUCGUCUCGUAAUAGGCAAAUAGGCGCAGACAUCUCGACAACCUGGCUGCCCUCGCUGCGCACCCUUUGCGCUUCAACGUCCAUCAUGUCUCAUCUCCCCGGUCACCAUUCUUCCUCAGAUCACGAUCAUUACUCCCAUGCCGUCGAGGGAGAUCGUACCCAGGCGGGACAUGAGCACACAAGCCUCUAUCAUGAGAUCCAUGAAACAGUCCGCCGCCUCCUCCAGCAUCUCGUCUUCGUUUCUCUUCUCUCCCUGAGACUUUACAUGCUGCCUCUGCUCUACAUCUCCCACAAACUCGCCGUCUCAGAUGACCCUUGGUAUCUCGCCACCUGGAGCACCAUGCUGCGACCCGGCCGGAGUCUUGCGGAUUGCGACCAGUGCAAGGGCGGGCCCGGCGGCCUCUCGCUCAUGGAGUUAUGGUUCAACAUGAGAGAAAAUGUUCGGACCCCGUUACGCAUCUUCAAAACUUUGUACGCUCUUGGUAGAGCAAUUGGAGAAGAUCCAAAUACGAUCCAUCCUACUCCUCAGCCACUACUGAGCCUAGGUCCAGACAGUGCCAUUGAUGUCGAAAGUCUACAUGACGAGUCUGUCAAGCCUUGCGCAACUGAGUCCACCGAAACCAUUGAUGCUCCAGCCAGUGCCUCCGAGAUCUACCAUGCUGCGUUGCUUAAUGGAGAUACCUUAGAUGAUAUCCUCGCUGCCUUUGGAGAUCGUCCUCCCAGUCUACCCCAGUCUACAGACCUGACCGAAGCCCAAGGAAGCCCGCAGUCCGCCCGAAACAACGAUGACUGCCUAACAGGUCCUUUUAGAAGACGGAGCUAUCGAAGGUCCAUCACUCACAUCACCCCUGAGCGCAACACUGACAACGAGGUCCGCACACCGGCCACUACCAUCAAGGACACUGAGCGUCAUGUAACCUUGAGCGCUAAAUCACCUGUGGAGAAGCCAGCUCCUGAGUGGCCAUGCGAGGAAAACAAGCCCCCCGCGGUCUCAUGCGUACCAAGCGGCCACCCGCAAGAAGAAGCAUGCGGACAUCCCAUCAAGCACUGUCCGACCUUUGAGCGGAGACACCAUCUUUAUUCAAAUGGAUCAAAACGGCCUCUCAGCGUUGACAGACAUCCCUUGGGAUACCUCCAAGAUCGAGGCAUGAUGUCCACUCCAGCUCUCGCCUCAACUUCCCCAACGAAACGGGCGAGAUUACAGCGCCGCGUCAAGGUCUUCAACGAUGCCGACAAAGCAUAGCAAGCAUGAGCCGCUUCCUCCACCCCCCAACUACACCCACAACAAACCCCUCGAUUUUGUUCUUCGAAAGAUACCCUGUACAGCACCUGGUUUGGAUGACGGAGCCUUGUGGACCCACCUAUGAUAAUGUUAUUGGAGCCGGGAUUCAGGAAUGGGCGUGUUGCCAGAUGGCAAAAAUUGACCAUGG